AUGAAUUUCAAAGCCAGAGCGAGAGCAAUACAAUUUAGUCCUGACGGCAAGUACGUUGCCAUUACGAAUGAAAGAACGGUUGAUAUAUGGAAAGCACCAGGCCAUACACGAGAAUUUGCGCCGUUCGUGUUGUAUUUCAAAGCUUUAGGGCAUCAUGAUGAAAUCACAAAUAUCAGCUGGAGUCCUGAUUCAAAGUUCUUUUUAACAACAUCAAAGGAUAUGACAUGUCGUAUCUUUACAGUAGACCGAACAAUUCCAGAUUUUGUCCCUUCAGUUUUAACAGGACACCGUGACUAUAUUGUGAAUGCCUGGUUCUCUUCAGAUAUGAAAAAUAUUUAUUCAGUUAGCAGAGACGGGUCUUUAUUCCAAUGGGUUAACUCAACUUAUGCCGCAUUACAUGGAGAUUCUGAUACAGAAAUGGUAGAGGUGGACGAGGAUGGGAAUGAGAUUGUUCGUUUGGAUAAAGUUAGAUGGAGAAUCUUGAAGAAGAAUUAUUUCAAUCAAGUUAGUGUCAAAGUGACAGAAGCACAGUUCUUUUCUGCCAGUAAUUUGGUAGUAGUUGGCUUUGCCAAUGGUGUCUUCGGCAUCUAUGAAGUUCCUAACUUCACAACUAUUCAUACCCUAAGCGUUUCUCAAAAGAAAAUUGAUUCAGUAGCUAUCAAUGCUACCGGUGAAUGGCUUGCAUUUGGCUCGGCAACAUUAGGUCAAUUGUUGGUUUGGGAAUGGCAGUCAGAAACCUACGUUCUAAAGCAACAAGGACACUAUUACGAUAUCAAUUCAAUUUCUUAUUCUUCAGAUGGACAGAAUUUAGUCACAGGUGGAGAUGACGGCAAAGUCAAAGUAUGGAAUACAGUUUCUGGAUUUUGUUAUAUCACUUUCAGCGAGCACAGCAGCAGUGUUAAGGCAGUUGAAUUUGCCAAACAGGGCCAAGUUUUGUUCUCUGCUAGUCUAGAUGGCACAGUGCGUGCUUUCGACUUGAUCCGAUACCGUAAUUUUAGAACAUUUACCAGUCCUAAUCCUGUUCAGUUCACUUCAUUGGCCGUGGAUCCGAGUGGAGAAAUUGUUUGUGCAGGCACAAUGGAUACUUUUGAAAUUUAUGUCUGGAGCGUACAGACUGGUAAAUUGCUCGAUAUUUUAGCGGGACACACUGGACCUAUCAGUUCAUUGGCCUUUUCUCCCACCGGCAUGUUACUUGUCAGUGGCAGUUGGGAUCAUUCAGCUCGUACUUGGGAUGUAUUUGGACGUAACAAGAUCGUUGAAACUCUAGUGCAUCAAACUGAAGUAUUAGCAGUAGCCUUCAAACCAGAUGGACAUGAAAUUGCCGCAGCUACGUUGGAUGGCCAGAUCACCAUUUGGGAUAUCGCAGAUGCUAAGAUUAUUAACACUAUUGAGGGACGUAAAGAUAUUAUGGGUGGCCGUAAGGCAAACGACCGCACUUCAGCAGAUAAUGCAGCCUCCGGUAAAUGCUUCAACUCUCUUUGUUACACGGCAGAUGGAGCAAGCCUUAUCGGCUCCGGCACCAGCAAAUAUGUCUGUAUUUAUGACGUAGCUAGCACUCACUUGAUCAAGAAGUUCACUAUUUCAAGAAAUCUUUCUUUGGAUGGUACACAGGAAGUACUCAAUUCCAAGUACAUGACUGAAUUUGGUAGUCUUGAAGAAAUGGAUAGCGAGUCGUCAGAUACAGAAGAACGACGUGACUUAUCCUUACCAGGUACCAGAACUGGCGAUCUUUCCGUCAGACGAACAAGACCAGAAGUGAAAUCAAAUGCUGUCCGAUUUUCACCAACUGGACGUGCUUGGACAGCAGCGACCACAGUUGGCCUUAUGAUUUACUCUCUAGAUGAAGAUAUCAUUUUUGAUCCAUUUGAUUUAGAAGUUGAUAUAACUCCCGAUACAGUAAUUGAAGCAUUGAAGGAAAAAGAAUACCUGAAGUCUCUAUGUAUGGCAUUUAGGUUAAAUGAGAAGCCUUUGAUCCACAAAGUUUUCGAAAGCAUUCCUCCAGAUUCUGUUGAAAUUAUAGCUCGCAGUAUGCCAGACAAGUAUCUCUUCAGAUUACUGACAUUAAUCGGUAUGCACAUGGAAACAAGUCCGCAUAUUGAGUUCCAUUUGUUAUGGGUAAAGCAUAUUAUGACAGCACAUGGUAGAUAUCUACGCGACCAUCGCGGUCAAUUCCAACCAGUCUUUAGAGCUUUACACAAAGGCGUCAAUCGUGUCAGAGAUGAUAUUGCGGCAUUGUAA